GGGGACGGGAGGGGGCUGAGAAGAUCCCCAAGAAUCUGUCGCCCCACCGCCAAGCUGGUCGAUAUCCAGGACCAGAAACAAGAGAAGAAACCGAGCAUGCCACUGGCCAACAAAGAGAAUGCUGAGAAUGAAGAGGAGAUUGAGGAGGAAUGUACUGUUCCGAAGAAACCCAAGGAGAAGAAAGUGGACUCUGAUGGGCAACCGAAGCCAAAGGGAAAACGACGCCGGCGGACACGAUGGUCAAACACUCGAACACGACGGAAAAAGAAAGGUUCUGAAGACGAUGACAAUGACGUUUCUGAAGAUGACACGAGCGAGGAAGAGGUCACGGAGGAGGACGACAGUGACGAAAGUUACAAAGUGGAGAAGAGACCGAGGAGGGCAAGGAACCGUGCUCGAGAGAGGCACUCCUCCGACUCAGACACGUCUUCCUCCGGCGGCCCACCAAACGAUGAUCCAUGUAAACACUGUGGCCUGCCAAAUCAUCCUGAACUGAUUCUGCUGUGCGACUCGUGCGAUAAUGGGUACCACACGGCCUGCCUCAGGCCCCCGCUCAUGAUCAUUCCAGAUGGCGAGUGGUUCUGCCCGCCGUGCCAACAUAAGCUCCUGUGUGAUAAACUGGAAGAACAACUAACGGAGCUCGACGCUGUGUUAAAGAAGAAGGAGCGUGCCGAGCGAAGAAAAGAGCGUCUGGUCUAUGUUGGCAUCAGUGUGGAGAAUAUUAUCACGCCAACAGUGGAGGUGGAGGAGGAGAAGCAGCCAGAAGAAAAGAAGAAGGAGAAGAAAGAAGUUAAAAAGACCAGAAGCUUGGGACGAAGGUCAACAAGGACAAAGAAAUACAUAAGCUACAGGUUUGAUGAGUUUGAUGAAGCCAUUGAGGAGGCCAUUGAAGAGGAUAUCAAAGAAGCAGAAGGUGGAGGAGCUGGUCGGGGCAAGGACAUGGCAAACAUCACGGGCCACCGAGGGAAGGACAUGUCCAUCAUUAUGCAGGAGGACGGCAAGGAGAACGGGCCGCCACAGAAAACCCCGACCGCCGGACAGCGGAGGAAGAAGCGGCGACGCCUCAACGACCUGGACAGCGACAGCACGGUGGAAGAGGAGGAGAGCGAGGACGAGUUCCGCCUCAGCGACAGCUCUGAAGAGGAGGAGUUUGUGGUGUCCGAAAACAAUGCAGACAGCGACGCAGAGGCCAAGUCUACAGACGACAGCGACUUCGGCAGCACAGGCAACGGUCGUCGCUUCCGGGGGUCGGCCUGGUCCAGGAAGCCUGUCAAACGGCGGUGGAACACAAGGCAGCCUCGACGACGGCGCCGGCCAAAAGGAUACUCUGAUGAUGAAGAGCUGGAGGAGACCGAAGAGGAUGAGGAGGAUGAGAUCGCUACAGAGGGCUCGAGCAACUGCAGUGACAGCGACCUGGACAUGCGGAGGCGGCGUUCCCGUCGGAGUCUGAAGAAGCAGGUGAACUACUGUGAAACGUCAGAGUCGGAGGGCUCGCAGACUGCCACCAACAAGGACAAGAUGAAACCACGCCGACGCCUCUCCAGCUCAGAAAGUCAAGCGAGCUUAAGCUCCCGAGACUCAGACGAGGGGGAUAAGAAAGAAAAGAGGAGGAGAGGGGGUUCUUCAGAAGAAGACUCCAAGAAGAAGCGACGGAGGCACCUCUCCCUCAAGCGGAGGAGAGAGUCCGAGGACGACGAUGAUGACGAUGACUCGGACGACUCUGAGGAGGAAGACCGCCCAAUCCGCAAGCGGGUGAAUCGUAUCGACUCUGACGACUCCGAUGAGGAGGAAGAGGAAAAGAAAGACGUGGCGGAGAAAGAGGCAGAGGACUCCAAGAGGCCGCAGCGUCUCAGCCUAGACGAGGAAGAAGAGGCCGUUCUGGGGAAGGUGGCCAACCCCCUAGACUACUACGUGGCCCAGCUCCCUCCGACCAACGGACAGAGCCCCUUGAAGGGCGAGGAGGGCCUGAUCUCGCGGCCACCAGGGGGCGUCGUUGGGGGCGCUGCCGGCCUCAUGGCCCACAUCGGCCCCAAGAACCCCGCUGCCGCUACGGCCGUCGCCAUGGCGACGAACGGCAUGGUUCCCCAGGAGAUGCCGCCGCCUGACGAGGAUGAGGACGACCUCCUGGGCGUCACAGACCUUGUUGACUAUGUCUGCAACAGCGAACAGUUGUAAAGGAAAUUUGUACUUUUUGCCAUUUUCAACCCCUCCAUCCCCAGUCCAUUCCCUGUACUUUUGACCCUGUACUCCAUUUCUUCACUUUCUACGUCCCCCUUGUGCUUUACAUUUUGUGUCUACGACCAAUGCCAGCAAUGCAACCUCGGCCACACCAAUAUUGCACCAAGUACUGCACAGAAUGUGACUGUACUGGGUCAGCUUCCCCCAACUCAUCAUGUGAUUGAGGUCAAGAACAGUGCAAUCAUUGGAGUACCGUGUGUCAGACGUGUAUAUGUCUAGGUUGAGGGGCAGAGGCUCAAAAGGCUGUAAAUAUUCCACUUCACAAAAUCCAAGAAGUGUUUGUGAAGGACAAAAAAAAAACUCACAGCUCGCCGUUGGAAAAGCAGUUUUAUAACCUCACCUUACCCCCUUGUCCAGUAUGUAGUAUCCUUCUUAAUCAUGUGACAUUAUUUUUUCCCAUCGUGUAACCGACUUCCUAGAGAUACCCGUUAUAUACUGUAGAAACACAUCAUGUUUAUUCUUUGAUCGUGUGUUGGUCUUGGUAGGAAAUAGUUAAGUAUUAUUUUCCAUCACUUAAAAUUUUUACAUUUUGUAUUAAAUCGUAAAACUUUACUUAUGUGUACAUUUCAGGAGUUUGACUGUAGCAGCAUUCCAUGCAGGACCGUCACAUAUGGUUUCAUAUUAUUCCACGUAUUAUUGCUAGCUAUCGCUCUUGUUGAACAGUGGACAGUUUUAAUCACAGUAAAAAGUUCCCCUUUAGAAAAAAAAAUGUUUGUUCAUGGCAUAUUGAAAUCAUGUGAUUGGGUUGUGUGUCAUUGCCUGAAAGUUAGACAGUGCAGGUGUUGAUGAGGCCCGCAACAGCUGUCCUCAAAUGUGAUUAAAAAAGUAUGGUGAGCUGGGUCUUAAACAAAAGCAAUUGUGUAUUUAUAUUCAGUGUUUUUAUUAUGACAACUAAGCGGAACCAGGAUGCUAAGAUUUUUAAAUUGCAUUGUAUAUUUUGUAGCGUUCAUCAUCAAGUCCAUUUUAUAUAAUAUAAUGGCUUUUUUUGUUUUCAUUACCGCCUGUUACUGUUUUCCCAAAUUGUAUUUGGACUUAUUUUCUCCCCUACCAAAAUAUGCAUACCAGUAUAAAUCAAACACUAUUAAUCUUGGCAGCUGUUAAGUGCAUUAAAUGCCAAAUAAAGAUGUCUUUCUCUUUAAGACCACACUCAACCACAGACACAUGCUAGACUUUGAAUGAAGAAAAGGUGUAUUUGUUCAGCUGAAGAGGUUGCUCAUUAAGUGUAUCUUAGUAAGCAUGUCUAUUUUGGCCACUUGCAGGAAGAGUUCAAAGAUUUUGUUUUGUUUUCUAAGAAUUUUCAUUGCACCACCAACACUAUCAGUGGAUUCCAUACACUUCAUCUCAUUUCAGCUCAAUACAUAUAUUUAAUAAAAGGGAUUUGUCAUA